ACUAGGAAGGCUCUGCUGGGUUUUUUGCAGGGUGUCUUUACUGCUGGCAGCGUUAGCGUUAAGUUUCCGUAGGUCGGUCCGAAAUGGCGAGCAGCAAUGGCUGCUUUGAGGGUGCGGCAAUGCUCGCCUUCGACCCCGCGCCUGAGGAGAUUCUGGCACCCGAUGUUCUCAGACACUCCAUUUCAAAGGAUCUUUCCGAGCCUGUAACUGCAAGGCUGAAUCUUCCACGUUCUAUGAGGUUCAGUGAACCAGGCGUGAUGAAAAAUCCAGGAGCAGACACCACCACAUUUUCAGCCCUUCCCUCACAGGAAGAGCUGGAUUUCAUUGAAAGAUACAAACAGGGAGUAAUAAACUCAGUAUCUGCCUUGCAUAUGUUUGCCAAAAUACAUCACCUGGAGCUUGAAUUGAAAGAAACGAGUGUGGCAGGCGAUGUCAUAAGGCCUUAUUUUGCUUUUUGUGCUGUGAUAAAUGGUGUUUGCUACAAGACUGGGCUGGGAAAGAACAAGAAGGAGUCUAAAUUAAAUGCAGCUAAACUGGCUCUUGCUGAGCUGCUUAACUUGGAGAAUACAGGGGCAAAGUCUUUUGAGGAUUCAGAUUUUUCCUGUGCUCCUGCUGAACUCCGACCUCCAGCAAACUCUGCUUGUGUUUCAAGGACUGGAGUAGAACAUCCCUAUCAAAAACUCUCACAAACACUUGAGGAAGUGUUUAACCGCCUGACUUCCCAGCACCCCGAGUACCACAGCUGUGGCAGUUCCCUGGCUGCCUUCAUCAUUGAAAAGGGCAAGUCUGGUUUGAUUGUGAGUUUUGGGCAGUGGGAAAUCGCUUCCCACAGAGCCCUGAAGCAGCUUGGUGGGCAGCCAGGCCUGGUGAACUCAGCAGCAUCUCUGGUUUUAGGUGGGCAGCAUGAAGUGGUGGCACUGGGGACAGGAGAGUGCAACUACAGCCGGAGCUUCGAGUCCUGUGGGAGGCUCUUGCACGACAGCCAUGCCAUUGUCACUGCCAGGCGUUCCCUGCUCAGAUAUUUGUAUCGGCAUCUUUUGCUGUUCUAUAACAAAAAUCCAGCCAAGGCAGAGAGAUCCAUAUUUUGCACAGCACCAGGCUCAAAGCUGCUUACCUUAAAGCAAAAUAUAACUCUGUCACUCUACAUGAACCAGCUUCCAAAGGGAACUGCUCAGUUAAAAUCAGAGGUGCAUCUCGGUCCCCAGUCCAUAUCUGCUUAUGAAGCCAGCGAAGAGCUGAGUCUGCACGUUGCUCUGGAAGGCAGGAUUUACCUGGCUGCUUGCUGUCCCCCCAAGACUGUCAGAGUGAGCAGCAUGUCAGCUGGUGACAAACUGACCAAGUGGGAGGUGGUUGGUCUUCAGGGAGCCUUGCUGAGCCACUUCAUUGAGCCCGUGUACAUCAGCAACAUUCUUGUGGGGAAUGGAAGUUGUAAGGAUACAAAAGGACUGGACAUAACCAUAAAGCAGCGCCUGGAUGAUGAACUUAUUUCAAAGCUUCCUGUGCCUUACCUGGUCAACAGAUCUCAUGUUUACCUGGUGAAGGCUGCACUGCCAAUCCAAACAGAUUUGAACCAGUGGUCACUUAGUUUGAAUUGGACAUUGUCAGAUGCAUCUCUGGAGGUUGUGGAUGGAUUAAGUGGGAAGACCACUGAAAGCUCCCCGUUCCGCAGCGGCAGCUGCCUGGCCAGCCGCCUGUGCAAGGCCGCCAUGUUCAGCCGCUUCAGGAUGCUGGCCAGGGAAGCAGGACGGGGUGACCUGCUCCAGUUUGCAACCUACCACGAGGCAAAGAUGAAAUCUCAGUUAUACCAAGAAGCUAAAAGCUUGCUGCAGAGCUACCUAGAGCAACACACUUAUGGAUCAUGGAUUGUCAAGUCUCCACAUAUUGAACAGUUCAGUGAUUGAUGGAGGUGGAUUGAAUGUUAAGUUGGUUUGAAUGAUCUGUUUCAGUAAAUAUAGUUCUGAGUUGUAAAAAGUUCAACUUUUAAGUUCGUAGUUACAGAAUGAAAACAAUCCCAGAGCUGCUUCUUGUCAGUUUAAAUGCACCACCUGCAGCAGUUCAGUCUUUUCCCAAAAUGGGUGUUUUCUUACACGUAAAUCUGUUCUGCCAUGCCACCUCAUUUCAGCUUCCUCACCCCUGUUCCUACAAGUCCCCACCCUAUAGAUGGAGUUAAUAAUUUUUCCUGAUAGUUUCAGGAUUUCUAUAUA